AAAACGGAUAAGCUUACAUUCCCCUUCUAUGAAUUACAGUGUAAAUAAUUUAGAAAAUACAGAAAGAAAUUCCAUGCAAAUUAAAGUUUCUGAUAAUUAUUUACAUAAGAAUACCAAUUUUGAUAACAUCAAUACUGAAUCAUUAAAUUUAAUUUCAAAGAGAACUACUUCAAUAAGAUCCAAAUCUCGUUUAUUGGCUAAAUUAAUCAAUAAAAGGAAACGUGAAACCAUGCAGUUACGUAAUCUUGCAAAGGAAACUAAUAAUAAAAUAAAAACUGAUCAUCCGGAUUUAUUGAAUGUGGAUUUGAAUGUGUGUGAUACUCAUAAUUUAGAGAACCAUACAAUUACUACUGAUAUGCUACCUCCAGUUACAGAUGAAGAAUUACAAGAGUUGCGUUUAAAUAUUAAUCAACGUGAAAGACAAAGAAUGCAUGAUUUAAAUUUAGCCAUGGAUGGAUUGAGGUCUGUGUUACCAUACACACAAAAUUCAUCUAUGAAAAAAUUAUCUAAAAUUGCAACAUUAUUAUUGGCGAGAAAUUACAUCCUUCUUCUUACAAAAAGCUUAAAUGAUCUACAAGAAAAGUUAGAUAUUAUAUCAAAAAGCCGUUCAAUAUGUCAAAAUGAAUCCAUCAAACCAACUAAUCCUACUGAAUAUCCAUACUCAACUGUUUCUACGGAUUCAAUAAUAUCUUCGAUAAACUCCUCACUAUUUUCAUUAUCACCACCAAUCCUCUCUUCAUUAGUAACGAAAUCAACUUCUUUAUCUCCUUGUUCAUCAACUUCAUUCAUUUAUCCAACAUCAACUAAUUCCAUAAUACAGUCAGUUACCAAUUCAUCAUUGUUAGUAUCGUCUGGAGAUCAUAACAGAAGUAACAAUGAACAAAUUGGUCAAAUUUCUAUGCCUAUACAAAAUAUCAAUGAUAAAAUUAAUAUUGUAUCGAAUAAUUCUAUUGAUUCAACACUAAAACCAUUAUUUUCAUUUCUUGAUCCUCAUUUAAUAAAUAAUUUAAUAAAUGAUUGUUCUUCUAAUAAAAACAAUACUAUUAUCUUUAAUAAUAAUAAUCUUAGUAACAAUCGACCUAGCAACAAUCAUAAUAAUUUAAUGAUUAACAAUCAAAGUACACAUUUCAAGCAUUUUGAUUCAUCUUCUCAUAGUUAUUUAUCGAAUUAUUUAUCUGUAGAAAAUUUUAAUCAAUUAAAUACAAUGAAUCAUCAUUUUAUAGAUCCACAAUUAAAUUCAAUGUUUCGAUUAAAUUCUAUGCUUUCACCAAGUAUUUACUCAUCAUCUCAGUAUACUAUAUAAUAUGUAAAUAUGUAUAGGAAUCAGUAAUGUCCUUCUUCUUCUUCUUCUUCUUC